GUGUGUCUAGUGUCGGUACAUUAGAAAAAGUUCAUGCGGACAGCAGAUCAGAUUCACUGAUGAGCUGCCUUGUGAAAGCAGUCUUCCUUUAUCAGAAUGGUGCGUAACGCCAAGACAACGACAUAAAGCGAUAUAAAGAAACAACGAAAAAGCGACAGAAAGAAAGAAAAAGCGAUAAAGAGGGAUAAUUAUCCGUAAGGUUGCAGGCAUUAAAAACAAACGUGUCUGCUGCAUUUGAGAAUCUGGUCUGGCAUAACUGCACCUCUUCUGGAGUAACGACCAAUAUGAAGAUGGUUUGGUAGACCACAUCAAAGCAUCUGUAAACGCUAGAGAAGCAUCCUAAAUCAGCCAUGAAAGGAUCUGUGCCUCCUGUCACGUGAUUUAAGAUUAAGAUGGCUGACUCCAACGGCAACAAGCCCAUUGUGGUAACCUCCUCGGUUUCCCUCAAAGUCACCGCUCCUUCUUUCUACAACCAACCUAAAAGGUUUGCAUCUGUCGCUCCCCCACGACCCAAAGGACAGAUGGCCCAAUCGCAGCCCUUGCCGUUUGUAAGCACAGGGGUAAUUGGACGAGUUGGAGAGAUGCCCCCGCCCCCUUCAUCUUUCUGUGAGGAUUUCCCGCCCCCACCUCCUCCUCCGCUGGAUGAUGCCGAGCUCCCAGCCCCUCCUCUGGAAUGCCAGACCACACCCCCUGCACAUGAUGCCCCUCCUGCAUUCCCAGCCCCACCCCCAGUCUCAGAAGACCUGCCCAUUCCUGCACCUCCUGAGGAGUUCACCUCUGUACCUUCUACCCACUUCCCCCCUCCCCCUCCCCCACCUCCUCCUCUCCCUGAAACUGGUGCAGGUGUCAGCUCUCAGAGGCUGCUGGAGAAACAGACGAGUUUUGACAGGCAGCUGGGCUCUUUGACUAGUAUGUUAUCAGAGAUGGAGACCAGCGGACCGUUUAACCCAAAGUUACCCAGCCAGUUUUCAUCAGCACCAGCGCCAAAGCCGUCUGCACCUCCACCGACUGCCCCUAAGCCUACACUUUCCUUUCUGCCACCUCCUGAGCUUCAGGAUCGUCCACCCCUCGCCCCCUGGGCUGAGGAGCUACGUGCCCGUGUGCGACCGGCCAAUCAGAGCCCAGCAUCUGUCCCCGCUCCUGCACCGGCCAAAAACCCAGCCGUUGUGCCAAAAACCAACUUUCCUACCAGUCAGCCAAAUUCAAAUUUUGGUCCUAAAACAGGGAGUCCUGCACUUUCUGGAGGCACAAGAGUGUUUAAUAACUCUGUUAAAUCUCCUGCUCAGAGUUCUUUCCCACCACCUCCUGCAGCUCCUCCCGCAGCUCCUCCUGCCCGGGUUUCUCCUCCUUCCGCCGCUCCUGCCCGGGUUUCUCCUCCAGCUCCUCCUUCCGCCCCUCCUGCCCGGGUUUUUCCUCCAGCGAGUGUUCCCGCCCCUCCACAUGCUUUUAAUCACUCUGCAACAUCUCCCAUUGGUAGUCAACAAAGCGUUGCUCCACCUCCUCCUGCUGCACCUCAGCCUAAGAUGUCACCUGUCGUCUUAUUCAACAGACCUACAGGAAACACUGUUUCACCCAAGGUAUCCGGAUCAGGUUCAGGUCCUGGUGGAGCUCCUCUGACUAUGAGGGAAGUGGAAGAGCUGGAAAAAAUGACCAAAGAGUUCAUUAAAGACAUGGACACACAUCCACCUGUGAUCACCUCUCCUGCUACAGAGGUGUGUGGUAAAUGUGGAGAGACUUUGUCCAGAUCUCAGCCUGCAGUGAGAGCGAUGGAUAAACUCUUCCACUCGCAUUGUUUCUGCUGCAUGACCUGUCAGCGUGCCCUGCAGGGCAUGCAGUUCUAUGACCGUGACAGCACACCUCAGUGCGAGGACUGCUACAUGAACUCUUUGUCUGUUUGUUCGCGCUGUGGGGAGCGGAUCACAGAUCGGGUCCUGAAGGCAGUGGGCCAGUGUUUCCAUGCCAACUGUUUCCGAUGCACUACCUGCAGCUGCACACUGGAGGGCGCUCCAUUCAUCACCGACGAUAACAAUAACCCCUACUGUGUCAAUGAUUACCAUCGUCGUUUCUCUCCACUUUGUGUAAGCUGCAAUGAGCCGAUUGUUCCUGAUGCUGGGAGUGAAGAGACGAUCAGAGUUGUUGCCUUAGAAAAGAACUUCCACCUGAAGUGCUACCGAUGUGAGGAUUGUACCCGCCCACUUUCCAUAGAGGCAGAUGAGAAUGGCUGUUACCCAUUGGACGGCAGAAUUCUGUGCAUGAAGUGCCACACCCUACGUGCCAGGCAGGCCAAACAGUGAUUGGUGGACACACAAACCGAAACCAAAUUGAGAUACACAAUUGGCUUAGCUGUGAUUAUGUAUUUGCCACAUGGCUUUGUGAGUGUUUUUAUGCUCCUCUCAUUUUCCAAUUAAUCAUUUUCACACUUUUUUUACAGUAUGUUUGUUCAUCAUAAAUGUAACUUGUUUUCGACAAUGAUCUGCUGCUGUUUGCUGACUGGCCUUUAUUCAAAAUUCUAAAUGGUAGUGCCUCCAUCUUUCUUAUUGGCUGUUUAGCAUACAACACAAUUUAACCCCUUUGCAUGUUGUUUAAUAUGCAAAGUAAAGAUUUUAGGAUGAAUUUAGUUGUUGUUGUUUUUGGAACGAAUUCUGAAUUUAUAUUGUAGUGGCUGACUAGGCGCAGAGGUGAGGUGAUGUACUGCACGGCUGUUUUUUAGCCAUGUGACUCUCAGCAUGCCUUUUACAAAUCUCAAACAUCCAUAAAUUGUACCACAGCUGACUUCUGAGGGACGACAAAGUCUGUAUAUCAACGGCAAUCCAUGCACUUUUUUUCCCAAACCAAUUUUUUAAGUGAUGAAAAGUGCUUGAUGUGAGGAGUCAGGACAUAAAUGUAAAACAUUGGGAGGAAAAGGAGGGGGGAAUACAAUUUGUAUUUGUUAUGCAUGAUUCAUUUAUGGAACUGUUUGCCUGUAAAUGAACAAAUAUUUUAAAAAGCACAUUCUUUUGGACCUGAACAAAACGUGAUGAUACAGAUAAGUAUUGCCUUGAUCAUAGACAGUAUCAGAGAGAUGUUUGCCGUUUUGCUGUUUUAAAACAAGACAUUUCGCCAGAUGUAUUUAGUAAAGCACAGUUAAAAAUAGGUUAGACGAUUAUUUCCAAGGAAAAAGCAUGUUAGUCACUAGGUCUGUUGUAAUAUCACAUACAGUAGACCUUCUGUAAUAUGUCUAUAUCAAGACAUUGUAGCUACAGCUUAUUCAAAAUAUUUGGAUUAGGGAUAAAAUAGUAUUUUUUGCACAAAAGACUUCAGGUUGUCCUUAAACUAGAGCUCGCGGGCUAUAUACAACAGAAUAUAUUCCACAUAUCAAAGCUGCAGAGUUCUUUUUUAUAAAUGAAUGCAACAAUGUUAUUGCACAUGUCUAACAUGAUUCGGAACAUGAUUUUUUCUUUUCAUAAAUGUUUUAAACAUUACACACUUUCAUCUUCUCACAUUCUUUUCAUUCACGGUUUGCUUCUUUAGUAGCUUUUGAAUAUGAGAAGGAUCCGUACAGUCUUAUUUCUGUCAAACUAAUACUAUUUUGGCUUUCGCUUUGAUAAUAUGUUGAGAAAUACAGUAUGUAGCGCAUUAUUCAUAGCAUACAAACGUUCUUAUCAGCUUUCACUGCACAGCUCUAUGUGGCUCUUUUCUGGGAAUUAUCCCUGUCCUGUCAAAAAACAUCUAGUAUUUAAUGCAAUCGUCUAAACAUCAAUGGCUGCCAUCAUUAUAAAACAAUUACAUGACCAAAUCGAACACAUUAUGCAUGAUUUGUUAUGUUAUUACAGUAUUUUAGGGAUGACUCAUUUUCAAGCUGGUAUUGUCACAAUAGUGCUAAUUUCAGUAAAAUGGGACCAUCUGUGACCACUUCUGAUUUAGCUUUCCAUGUAUGUAUAUUCUUUAUAUUAGUGCUGAACAUAUAAAUUCCUCUGUAAUAUGUGAAUGUGUGUAUGUUUACGGUCAAAUGUAUGCCAACAUGUUAUUUUGGCUAUUGUCUGUUUUCCUUCCACAUUUGUACUGUAUUCUGAACUAAUAAAAGUAAAAUCCUGGCGAA